GUUUUAAUGUCUUCUUCUUCAUCACCUUUUCGUCUCUCCACUCACACUAAAAAUCACUCUCCAUUUUGAUUUUCGUAUCUCUCGUGUCACACUCACACAAAACACAAUCUUCCUCAAAAAAAAUUUUGUGCAAUCUGAUUUGAUUUUCACUGUCUUUCUAAGUUUCGAAACGGUGGAUUUUGUCCGUACGUGGUUUUGAUUCUCGUAGAUGUCGAAGCUCUGACGUAAGAUUAGAGUUUCGAUUUCUAGGUUUCUUAUAACUAUGGCGGUGGAAUAUGAAUGCUGCGGGACCAGCUUCUUCAUACACAUCGCUGUGAUAGUGUUACUAGUCUUGUUCGCUGGACUAAUGUCUGGUCUUACUUUGGGUCUUAUGUCUAUGAGUCUCGUUGAUCUUGAGGUUCUUGCUAAAUCCGGUACUCCCAGAGAUCGUAUCCAUGCUGCAAAGAUUUUACCAGUUGUGAAAAAUCAGCAUCUUUUGCUUUGUACUUUACUGAUAUGUAAUGCAGCUGCUAUGGAGGCGCUUCCUAUAUUUCUUGAUGCUCUUGUGACGGCUUGGGGUGCCAUUUUGAUUUCAGUGACGCUAAUUCUUCUCUUUGGUGAGAUCAUACCUCAGUCAGUCUGUUCUCGUCAUGGUUUAGCUAUUGGUGCAACAGUGGCUCCAUUUGUUCGUGUUCUAGUUUGGAUCUGCUUACCAGUUGCAUGGCCGAUUAGUAAGCUGCUAGACUUUCUACUUGGUCAUGGUCGUGUAGCUCUUUUCCGAAGAGCUGAGCUGAAAACACUUGUGGAUUUGCAUGGAAAUGAGGCUGGUAAAGGUGGAGAAUUGACACAUGAUGAAACAACAAUCAUUGCUGGAGCUCUUGAACUAUCUGAGAAAAUGGCUAAAGAUGCAAUGACACCAAUUUCUGACACUUUUGUGAUUGAUAUCAAUGCCAAACUAGACAGGGAUUUGAUGAAUUUGAUUCUUGAUAAAGGUCAUAGCAGAGUCCCAGUAUACUAUGAGCAACGUACCAACAUAAUUGGACUUGUUUUGGUGAAGAACUUAUUGACUAUCAAUCCAGAUGAAGAAAUACAAGUAAAAAAUGUGACUAUACGAAGAAUCCCAAGAGUUCCAGAAACGUUACCGUUAUAUGAUAUAUUAAACGAGUUCCAGAAAGGACAUAGCCACAUGGCUGUUGUUGUGAGACAGUGUGACAAAAUCCACCCGUUACAGAGUAAUGAUGCUGCAAACGAGACUGUAAAUGAAGUCAGAGUGGAUGUGGAUUAUGAGAGAUCCCCACAGGAAACGAAGUUAAAGAGAAGGAGAUCAUUACAGAAAUGGAAGAGCUUUCCAAACCGAGCAAAUUCGUUAGGGUCGAGGAGCAAGAGGUGGUCCAAAGAUAAUGAUGCUGAUAUUCUGCAACUUAACGAACAUCCACUUCCAAAGCUAGAUGAGGAGGAAGAUGCUGUUGGUAUCAUUACAAUGGAAGAUGUCAUUGAAGAACUUUUACAGGAAGAGAUAUUCGAUGAGACGGAUCAUCAUUUUGAAGACUUGUGACAGGCCACAACUUCGAGUGCUUAAUAUUAGUUGUUUGAACCAUGUACAUGGUGCUAUAUACCUCAGAAGAUCCAAUUUCCACUGGACAAGUUUUGUUGCGAAAGAGUCAUGUAUAAAAGUAAGAUCAUAUGUCAUGUAAUAACACUGCUUCGUGUAUAGUUAUUUCCCUAUCUACAAAUUGUUCUGACAACAUAUGUUUAUACUGUACAACACAAUUCUCCAAACAUCUGCGACUAGAAGAAAAUGCUCAUAUGUUGAAAGUGCAAUGUCAUAGUUUAUAAGAACCAAAAGCAGACAUGGGAAAUAAAGGAAAAGUUAGUAAGUUUCAAAUCCCAGGGAGAAACCAGCGAGCAUCCAUGAGCUUCAUGUUGGAGAGACGAGGGAAGCGUUUGAGGAUCUUUGUUUCGAGGUUGAAC